AGUACAUAUUCGAACGUGAGCUGCGGCAGUCCAAAAAGGUCGAAACGCUUUUUUCUGAUAGAUUAUUAAAUACAAAUUCUGUAAUAAGGAUAUAGUUUUUUAUCAUACAAGAAAAAAAGUGAAAAACACACAUACCUUUUCGGCACGGAUCCCCAAAAACGUAAUCGGUUUUAGUGUUUUGGAAAUAAAAUUUCGGAUAAAACAAGUUACCAGUGAUAUGGCUCAAGGGUGUUUGCUAAAGGAUACCGCAAUCAUAUGUUUUGUUACAAGUCCUUAAAAUGUUAAAGGAAUUAUGUGUACAUAGCGCAAAGUGUGUGUAGAACCGAAUCGAAAGAUUUCGUCGGCCAUGAUUUUUUGAUUAUUCCCAUUUUUUUUCCUGUGUGGUUGCGAAUAGCAAAAGAAUGUGAUUGAAAGAAAGAAAGAAUAUAAAAAAAAGUUCUACUAUCGGACCCUUAAAAUAAUUCCAAAUGAAUCUAAAUUCCUGUGGCGCGGUUAUAUUAUCAUACGUUUUUUCAAAAUAUUUCUCACUCGUAGAAAUUCAGUCUUAUAGGUGCCCUAGCUCUUGGUCUCUGGCGAGUUAGUUUCAUAUAUUGUUCCGAAAAUGUUUUAUGGGAUUACCUUUGUUACACUAUGGAUAUUACACGCAACUUUUUGGAUACAUUGCACAGUUGCACAACAAUCGUUGACAGAAAAAAUUCCUCUUGGUGCUAUUUUCGAGCAGGGAACAGAUGAAGUUCAAUCUGCUUUCAAGUACGCCAUGUUGAAUCAUAAUCUGAAUGUGUCUUCGCGGAGAUUUGAGUUACAGGCAUAUGUGGACGUUAUUAACACUGCUGAUGCAUUUAAGCUCUCUCGAUUAAUAUGCAACCAAUUUUCAAGAGGAGUUUAUUCUAUGCUUGGAGCCGUUUCCCCAGAUUCAUUUGAUACGUUGCAUUCAUACAGUAAUACAUUUCAAAUGCCAUUUGUGACACCGUGGUUUCCUGAAAAAGUAUUGACCCCAUCAUCAGGUUUUCUUGAUUUCGCAAUAAGUAUGAGACCUGACUACCACCAGGCUAUUAUAGAUACUAUACAAUUCUAUGGAUGGCAAAGAAUAAUAUAUCUCUAUGAUUCACACGACGGCCUCCUGAGACUGCAACAAAUUUACCAAGGACUUAAGCCCGGAAACGAGUCAUUUCAAGUGGAAAUGGUCAAACGUAUAGCAAACGUUACCAUGGCAAUAGAAUUUCUACAUACCCUCGAGGACUUAAGUCGUUGGACAAACAAAUACAUUGUGCUUGAUUGCCCAACGGAAAUGGCAAAAGAAAUUCUUAUAACUCAUGUCAGGGAUAUUGCACUAGGCAGACGCACAUACCACUACUUGCUCAGUGGCUUGGUUAUGGACGAUAGAUGGGAAAGCGAAGUUAUCGAGUUCGGUGCUAUAAAUAUAACUGGGUUCAGGAUUGUUGACACAAAUCGACGAUUGGUACGGGAAUUUUACGAAAAUUGGAAACGCCUCGACCCUGUGACCUCUGUGGGCGCUGGAAGGGAUUCCAUAUCGGCACAAGCUGCCCUUAUGUAUGACGCAGUGUUUGUGCUGGUCGAGGCUUUCAAUAAAAUUCUUCGCAAGAAACCAGAUCAAUUCAGAAACAAUGUCCAGCGCCGUAGUCAGACUCUAAUACCAAGUCCAGCGAAUGGAACUACGGCAACGGGUGGUAAUAAUGUCGGAUCAAGUACUCGUGCUUUGGAUUGUAAUACUUCCAGGGGUUGGGUAAACCCUUGGGAACAUGGUGAUAAAAUUUCACGAUACUUGCGAAAGGUGGAGAUAGAAGGAUUAACAGGGGACAUCAAAUUCAAUGAUGAUGGCCGGAGGCAGAAUUACACUCUUCACAUAGUCGAAAUGACUGUGAACAGCGCAAUGGUUAAAGUUGCUGAAUGGUCUGAUGAGGCUGGCCUAAUGCCUUUGUCAGCAAAAUACGUGCGCCUUCGACCCCCUGUGGAAUUUGAGAAAAAUCGCACAUACAUUGUGACAACACUGCUCGAGGAGCCUUAUAUAAUGCUCAAGAAAGACGAUAGCUUCGAGGGUUAUUGUAAGGACUUAGCCGAUUUACUUGCAAAGAAAUUGGGAAUAAACUAUGAGAUGCGCUUAGUUAAAGACGGAGGUUAUGGGGCUGAGAAUCCGAACGUGCGGGGUGGAUGGGAUGGAAUGGUUGGUGAGCUUGUACGUCGGGAAGCGGAUAUUGCCAUUGCUCCAAUGACCAUUACAGCUGAACGUGAACGAGUUAUUGAUUUUAGCAAACCCUUUAUGUCAUUAGGGAUUUCCAUUAUGAUAAAAAAGCCAGUUAAGCAGACCCCAGGUGUAUUCAGUUUUAUGAAUCCUCUUUCCCAGGAAAUAUGGGUUAGUGUUAUCUUCAGCUAUAUUGGAGUCAGCAUAGUUCUGUUUUUCGUAUCAAGAUUUUCACCAUAUGAAUGGCGACUUAUUCAAUAUUCAGAUGCGAUAAAUAUACAUCCUGAUCAAAUACCGAACCAACAACAGCAACCGCCACCUGGUGUCGGCCCAAGUUAUGCCUCACCCGCUGUAGUUGUAAACGAUUUCAGCAUAUUGAAUUCAUUCUGGUUUUCACUGGCCGCAUUUAUGCAACAAGGAUGUGAUAUAAGCCCGCGAUCAAUAUCUGGACGAAUCGUUGGAUCUGUCUGGUGGUUCUUCACACUCAUACUUAUUUCAUCGUACACUGCAAACUUGGCCGCUUUUUUAACAGUCGAAAGAAUGGUUACACCAAUAAAUUCACCUGAAGAUCUUGCAACACAAACUGAAGUGCAAUAUGGCACUUUACUUCACGGUUCAACGUGGGAUUUCUUCAGGAGAUCUCAAAUUGGCCUCCAUAAUAAAAUGUGGGAAUACAUGAACUCACGAAAACAUGUCUUCGUAAACACCUACGACGAGGGAAUAAGUCGUGUAAGAACAUCAAAAGGAAAAUAUGCUCUAUUGGUGGAGUCACCAAAGAAUGAAUACGUUAAUGCUCGGGAGCCAUGCGAUACAAUGAAAGUCGGUCGAAAUUUAGAUACCAAAGGUUUCGGAAUAGCUACUCCCAUUGGAUCUCCAUUAAAAGAUCCAAUUAAUUUAGCUGUACUGUCAUUGAAAGAAAAUGGAGAACUUAUAAAAUUGCGAAAUAAGUGGUGGUAUGAUAAGACUGAAUGCAAUCUGAGCAAAGACAAUCAAGAGACCUCACAUAACGAGCUGUCAUUGAGUAAUGUAGCUGGAAUAUUCUAUAUUUUAAUUGGAGGUCUGUUAGUGGCAGUCUUUGUAGCAAUUAUUGAAUUCUGCUUCAAGAGUAAAUCCUCUUCAUCGUCUUCGUCAUCGGCGGCAGGAAACCGCCAUCAAAGAAAUUCUCUAUCAGAUGCAAUGCACUCGAAGGCUAAAUUAACAAUUCAAGCCAGUAGAGACUAUGACAAUGGUAGAGUCGGGGUUAUUUCAAAUUGUAUUAAUUUCCAGUAUUACCCGCCAGCGCAAAUAAAUGCCACAUCCGAUACGGAGUCAAUGCACAUGAAUACGCAUGGUCAGGUUUGACGCGAGCAUGCGCAAGAGUCACGCCUUUGACGUACUCCUUGCGCACCAACAAUUCGAAGGAUAAUGGCUAACAGUAGACAGGAGACUGAGAAAAUGCUUGGCAACCAUGAAAGCUUAUCAGUUGGUAAUCAAAGUAAUACCCUAAUUCGGAAUCCAGAUAUAAGUAAUCCCUAUGCUAAGUAAAACUAAUGCUGAAAGUAUGUAUUAACUAUAAUGACUCCAUACACUAAAUAAGCAUCCUUUUAUUUGACACUCAAAAACAAAAUAAGAUGCUCACAUCCAAAACAAAAAACAAAACAAAAAAUGUGAAGUUGACGUUAUUUUGCUAAAGAGUAGAUUAAGAAGAACUGACUAUUGUUAUAAAACUAAUAAGUUAUAAAAUAAUUCGAAAUAAAAAUAAAAAUAAUAUAAUAAAUAACUUUUUACAAUAAUUUUUUUAAGUAUAUGUAACUUAUUAAAAAAAAGAAAUGUAUUUAGAAUUCCGAAAUUAGUGAUAAAACUAUGACCGGAAAUCAUCAUGUUAACUGUUUUAAACGUAUACUGUGCCAACUAAAUUAAAUUAAUACUUGAAUAAUAAAUAUACACGAACAGGAUGCACACACAGCAAUUCAUUGCAAGAAUAAAACUAAAAAAAAAAAGAGAAGUAGAGUGGCAUAGGUGGUUUUAUUUGUAAACAGAUAAAAAUAAAUCAAAAACUCAACAAAGAAAAUCAAAUUCAUUGCUAUGCGUCCACAAAAAAAAUGUAAGAUAUUUUAUUGUAAAAAUAUUUUUUUCAUUUUAAGUUUUUUAUUUGAUAACAGUAAGCGAGAGUAAAUUUAUUCAUGCAAUUCUUUGAAAUCACGAUUAAGUUAACAUAAUAAAAUAAAUUAAAAAAAAUAAAAUAAAAUUGUUUUUUUUUUUCAUAAUUAACUUAUUGAUAUGAAAAGCUCCGGAGCCAGUGACGGGAUUUGAUUUCAUGUAAAUAUAAUAGUUGAUGCCACCCAAUUGUUAGGUUAGGAAAUGAAUUUAUUUCGCAUAUACGGAUUUGAUUUGAAUACUAUUAAGUUACUGCCAUUAGUAUAAAAGUACCAAGAGACUAACUUGAUAAUGUAUUUUUACCUUUGCAAGAAUAUUUGUAUAAUUUCGUGUGUGGUUUAAUUCUUCAACGAUAAAACCCGAGCAAGACAGUCCUUGAUUACCAACUUAUUCGUUUGUUUCUAUUUGUUUUUAAGCUCCUAUAGCCAAUGCAUCAUUGGACUCAAAUGGUUACUUAAAUUCGGGGGGAUGUCCUCUAACAUAUUAAUCUGAAACCAUAUCUUUCAAGACUGUAGUAUAAAAUUCUUCACUGGCUCCAAAACUAUCAUUCAAGUAAACUAAAUAUUUAUCCCAAUUUUAUCGUGUUUGUAAAUAGUAAAUAUAUAUAUAUUUUUUGUUUAUAAGAAAAAAAAAUAGAUUAAGUAAGGUAAAUAAAUAUUUAUAGCUACAUUGCGCCAAAUCUAUUUACUCCAUUGUAUUUAAAGUCACAGAUUUUGAAAUUUUCGUUUUUAAAUGGCGAUUUUAAAUAUAAUGAAAGAGUGAAUAAAUUGGGGCUUAAUAUUUUCCUUUAAGUUAUCUCUUUUUUUGUUGAAAGUUUUCAUUUUUUUUUCUUAGGUAAUUUGUUAUAAUUUAAAUUUUUCACAUUAAUAGUACCAUUUUCAGAACCUUCACUUUUAUUGUGCCAAAACCAAAAUAAAGUACUAUUAAAUUCAAAAAAAGAAAUAAAAAAAAACAAAAAUUAAAUCAAAAAAAGUUUAAUUAUUCCAAUCAAAGCGGUUUUAGGAAUAGGGUGUAAUUUUUAGAAUUAUAAACAACCGUAGCUCUACUAAAACCUUACUAUACAUAUAAAUAUGAGUAAAAUUAAACACAUAACUUUAAAAUGAAACUAAACAAAAAUAAUUAAAAAAAAUAAAUUAAUAAAACAUAUAAGCUGUCAUUAACAUCAUAUCCAGGGUUAAACAUUUAGUAAAGAAAAUCUAAGACACUCACACAAAAAAUACGAUCUUUUUUGUAUUUAGGAUUAAUUUAGUCAUAAGAAAAAAAAUUGUUAUAUACAAACUAUAAAACUAAUCCACUAAGUAAAACUUUUAAUAAUAAAAAAAAAAAGAAAAUAUAAGAAAUCUUGUGCAUUGUGUUCAUGUUACAAUAAAAUAAUCUUCGCAAGAAUAUCUAAAAUGUCUGUUUAAAAAAAAAUAUGCUUAGACCAUAUCACUGUUAUUUUUAAUGUACAGAAAGUGUUCGAUUUUUCUUAUUUUUUUUAUAAUCGUUGGAAUAUUUCACAUUGAUUUGUUCUUCUUUAAAUGGAUUUUUAAUAUGUCUAAGUCGGUAAAAUAAAAAAAAAAA